AUGUGUGACUUGUGCUCUCCAAGACAAGUUGCCGCCAUUACAUCGUGUAAAGGUUGUGCGAAACAUUUGUGUCGUAAACAUUUCAAUGGACAUCGUGAGAAUCUUACCAAAGGUUUACAGAAUGUUACUUAUCUUUGUGAUAAUGUUCUACAAGAACUUGAACGUGUAAUCGAUUCUGCAUUAAAACCACCAGGUCAUAAUAAUGCUGUUGCUUUAUUAAAACAAAUUGAUGAAUGGAAAACUAACACAAUCGAACGUGUCACGCAAGCAGCUAAUGAUGUACGUGAAACUGUUGAACGCUUAUUCAAUAGAAAAGCAGAAUAUGAUCAAAUAAGGCAAAAUAUUCAUCGAAUUACAAAAGAGUUGAGAGAACAGCAAGAUUUAGAAAGUUUUGUGGAAUCUGACAUUGAUCGAUGGAUGAAUCAAUUAAAGCAAUUGCAAACAGAUUUUAAUCAACCAUUAGAAGUCGAAACUAAUCCUCCUAUUCUUCUAAUCCAAACUAUUGAUUGGAACACCACUAUCAAGAUCACUUCUUCCGAUGAAGAACCAGAAGAAGCCAUUAUAUCGCGAAGUGCCUCAUCAACAGAUGAUGGAUUACCAAGAAAAAGUUCACAAUUUCAUAGCCAAGAGGAACCAUAUCCAAGUUUUUUAAUUGGUCUCAAUGAAUCCAUUGACAGAGAAAUAGGCUCUCUAUUAAAAAACCUUAUGUAUUUGGCUCCCAUGGAUAAAAAUGGACCGAUGAAUGGUCAAUGUGGUCCACAAACUGAUCAAAUGGAACAAUUUCUUUCCGAUGCAUUUGGUUUCAAAAAUAUUCUUGGAAAAUAUAUUUUUCCGGGCAUAAAAUCAUUUCAAUUAGACAAACCUCUGCAUAGUUUGAAUUCAAAUACACAAAUUCAUUUUCCUAGAAAUAUGGCGAAUUCAUUUACAAUGACUGUACAAGAAAUCAUCGAUUGGCAAUAUUCA